CGGUCUCGAACCCAACUCUUUGUCAGCGUGUUUCGAAUGCGCAAAGGCGUGCAAUUUCCCCCACGAAAAAUCUCGAGCGGUCCCGUGACGCCUGUGCCAGGGCACAUCGAUGAUGACAACGUGCCUCUGCUGCGGUCAACCAAGAUUGCGUCGCCCGCCGCCGUCAGGCAUGGCAAUUAUCAGUUCUGUCCCAAUUUAGCGAUGGAGGGGGACGCAUGAUGUGUCUGCGAUCCGCUUACAAAGGGGCAUAUCGGAGGUGUGGGGCUAUGACAUGGAGGUCUCGCGGGACUCGGUGCGGGGAGUGAGCCCGAUUGACGGGAGUGGUGACACCGUUAAAUCGGCUACCCCAUGCGGACAUCACCCGAACUCGGGGAUCGGACGUGUCCGGACAUGGUAACACGUCAUGCAGUUUGAGAUCAAUUCACUGCAGAUGAGUUUCGAGGAAACCAUUGCACUUCAGCAACCUGGCAUAAUUAGCAAUUACCAUCAUGUAAUGAAUGGGUGAUCAUGGAACGCCGAACACAACCUCCAAAGCCACAAGGCUUGGUGGUGGUCCAAUAUCACACAGUUGACGCCCAAAGCCAUUUGGUUGCUACUGCUGCAUCAGUCUAAGCCUCAGUUACGCAGUGGAUUCGAUCAGAUGGAGCAACACGUUGUCGAUGCUAACCGAGCCCAAAUUCACAUAAUCACGCCGAAGACAAGGGGCCAGACCAGUACAGGUGUUUUUUUGUCUUGAUUUGUUUUGUAUAGCGUUGGCAGCCGGACGUAAUCCAUUGUUUUGAAGAGAACCCCUUUCCUGCCUUUCAACAAGACAAAGACGAGGUAAACUCCCACGUUCGUUCCUAAAUCGUAUCGCUUAUUUCCCGAGACGCCGUAUUCAUCGAGUCGCAGACUUGAAGCCUGGACCCAGCACAAAAGUCGAAUUCCUCCGUCAUGCCAACGCCACCAACCCCGCCCCGGCAGAGUUCAAACUCUAGACCAUGCUUCCAUUGUUGUUUUCAGGAGACAGUCGUCAGAAUUUAAGCCUGGACCUUCUUGUUUCUCUUGGGAAUGUCAGUGAUGACGAGGGCUGCGGUGUCGUCUGGUCAGUUCCAUGCUUUCUUCCGGAUAUAAUGCGGCUAUUCGUCGAGGAACAUACUGGGAGGCAAGCUCUGCUUGAGCUUCUCGGCCUUGUCGGAGUCCUUGAGAACCAAGGUGUAGAGGUGUCUCUGGCAGCGGACCUUGAACUUGAUCUGAGACUUGUUCUUCUUGAUCCGCGCGGCUGUAUCCAUAAAAAGUCGAGUCAGUUCCCAUCUCUUCAUUGCCUUUCUUCCUUCAUUUCCUAGUUUUCGAGUCGGUAGGUUACGUACAGGAGGCGUCCGACCGGCGGCAGAUCUCGAUGAACUAAAAACACAAAAUGUCAGUCAAAAAUGCUUUUGUCGGUUUUUUGGAUUCGGCCCAAAAAACUGGCCAGGCCGUGAUUUACACACCUGCUUGAUAUCUCCGAUUUCCUGAGGCAUUUUGACGGCUGUGAUGAGUCUCCUGUAAACGGUCUACGGAAGUUCAAAGUCGGGGUUGGAGGGGAUUUCUCAAAAUUAUUCAGUUUGUGUGGGUUUCUCCGAAUUGGCUCGCUUUGGGUGGGGCUCCUGCACACUCGACGCCCAAGCCAUCGCCAGGGGUCUUCGAGGAGGUCAUAGCGCCCUGACUGUGGCUGGGUGACGUGUCCCGCUUUGUGGCGCUAGCUGUCGGUGGCCAAGGUAAGAGCGUUGACGACGACAACACCUGUUCUUAUCGAAGGACUUAUUUACUUUUGGUUCAUUUUUCCUGCUAGUUGCCCUCGAGGUUCUUUGCCGGACUUCUUUAUCAUUAUCCAAAAGCCAGAGUUUUCACAACACUGUUUGUCAAGGACUGAGCGUCAGUGUAAGCCAAGAUGCCAACGCCACUCGAUCAUGCAAUGAGAUCACGGAAUGCUUUCCUAGCUUUCACAGGUCUGGUGACGGGUGUUGCCGUAUGGGCGAUCUGGGGAGGAGACAUGUUCCCCACAAGCCCAGACCCAACUGGUAAUCCAGAGGAAUGGUCUAAAGAAGAUCUCCGAAGAUGGCUCACCGCUCGAAAUCUUCACCCUCAAGACUCAGACACGAGGGAGCAACUGUUGGAGAGGGUUAAAGCAAACAUGAGGAUUCCAAGGCAGUGA